AUGCUUUUGCGCCUUCUCAUAGAGAGAUCCGAGCAAGAUCAAUCAACCCCGUCGCCUCCAUCAUCAUCGACUUCGGGCCAUUCUGCACCAAAGUCGAUCGAGACACUGGUUGUCAUCGUGGCGGUAAUCGUCAUCAUCGCCAUGCUCGCUGGGAUGCUUGCUCGAAUCUGUGGCGGACGCCUUCUUGUUGUUGGUGGCGAUCAUGAUAUCGAGGGAUGGGUGGAGAGGAAAUGUCGAAGCUGUAUUGAUUCUGGCGUUCCUCCGCCGCCUCCUAUGACGACAAAUGUAGUUGCCUCCGAAGAGGUAAAGAAGUGA